AUGAUUGGGUUUAUUGCAAAAAUCUCAACUCUUCCCCGUCUUCUUCUGUUGGUCUAUCAGAUUGGGGAGAGGUUUGGACUGGAAACAAAGAAAACGACGAAUCUUGGUAUUAUUGCUGGUGUGGCUGCUCUGGUUUUUGGAUUCAAUGAGUUGCCUGAAGUGGGUUGGAGGGUGAAGAGGUUGUGGCUUUUGGGUUUUCAGAGGGGAGAAAGGAAGAAACAGAACAAGAAGAAGGAGAAAGGAAGAAACAGAACAACGGGAAGGACAGAAGAGGCAGAGAUAUCCAACAGAGGAGAAGAACUGCUCUACUUCACAGAUUCAAGUGUAGAGACGAAGAAGGGAUGUUCUUGGUAUAUUGGGUCUGUCAGUAGCUUUGAAAGCACCUGUGUACUCAAUUGGACCAACUUAGGAGUGGAGUGCCUUCUGUGUAAUAAAAAGUUUCUGGUCAAGUUCAGACUCCAAAGUUGCAUAUACUCAAGAACUUGGGAAAACCAGUUUUUUAAACUUCUUGACGCAGAAGUUUGACAGUUUAAGGAUUCUGCUCCAAGGCCAUGCAAAUACUGAAAGGCACUUUGCAUUGUGUCUUCAUCAAGAUUGGGUAUCAAGGUGGGCUUUGCUUAAAAAUUAGGAUCAAGAAGGUUGGUAUGCGGAGAUAAUAAUAAAGGCAUACGGAGAAAGCUUGCCUUGACCACACUGCUGGCUUAGUUGCUGUGCGUAAAUAGUACUAUCGUAUCUAGUAGUUGGUGACUUAUUUUGGUAACCUCCUUGAUUGUACAAGAUAGACAAUAUUACUUGCUAGAUUGAGGUUACUUUUGGUUAGGAUUGCUGGAUUUGAUCAUAUCUGGAUAUGGAUACGUACUUUUGGAAAUGUUUUGGAUUGGCAAUGUAAGAACAGAUGACAUUGAUAUAUGACAAUGUUAUAUUUUGGAUUUGUUCA